UUGACCUUUAAGAAACCACACAAUUGUACCCUUGAAGCAUCAUAUGCCUGGCCAAGCCAUGGUACGAGCUAGUGGAAGAAGGUAUGGAGUUGCUGCAGCGAUGGCGGUGCUGCUUUACGCGGGCAACACCCAAGUGUUGAAUUUUGUCGGAUUGCAGGUUUCUGGGCUCACUUCUCGCGAUAGAACUUGUAUGCAAGCCAAGGACAAGAAUGCUUUAGCAGAGUUCUUGAAGCCUCGCAUCGGCAAGGGCAAAGAGCGAGAAUUGCCUUCCAAUGCUGAGAUGAUUGGCACGCUGAAAAUUGUUUAUGAGGUAGCGUUGACAAAGCCACUCGGGAUAGUACUGACCGAUGGUCCUCGUGGCCCAGGAUUUGGGGUUGGCGUUGAGGAAGUUCUGAAUAGUGGGAGUGCGGCCGAACUUUUCAAGGAGGUCCUGAAGGGCGAAGAUUCCAUGUGGAUUCAGGAGGGUGAUGAAUUGGAAGCUGUCAAUGGCGAGCCUGUGGAUGGAUUCCAGGACAAAGCGGUUGAAAUGAUCCAAAAGUCUGGCGAUGAAGUGAAGCUCCAGCUCUCGCGACCUCGGAAGGGCUUCAUUAAGGUUGUGUUUCCAGAUGGCAAGCAUAUCACCUCCCCUCGCGCUGCGGUGCUGCAGCGUUUGGCUGAGAAGGUGGGCUACAACAGUGGCUGCACUUGCAAGGAUGGUCGGGAUGAGAAGUGUUGGUACAAAGAUGUGGCCACGGGCGAAGUCUAUGUGCUCCCUUUGAAUGUGCCCGGGCUUGUGCCUUCAGUGUGGCGAAAGUCAGGUGAAGAUGGUGCCAGGCCAGGCGAAGCAGACUAUGAGUGUUCGGGAGCCAGGAUGUGCUGCACUAGUAGCGUCCUUGCUCCUCGUAGUAAGGCCAGGAGCCCCUAGGCCCUAGUAGCUUCUUGUUACUAGUAGCGAUGCCCUUUGUUACUAGUAGCGAACAUUGCUCCCAGUAACCUUUGGUUUGAUUGCUUUUGCUUGGCGGAAGUCAAUGUACAUGUGUGUAUAUAUACAUAUAGCCCAUACACUCACCUUUUGACAAAGAUGCUCUCGCCAGAGCGAAUUCAGAAAGUUGCUGAAAUGCAUCAGCUGUUUAUGAUCUAAUUACCGCAUUCCUGAGAGAGGGCAGGAGGAACCAUAGUGUGCCCCGCUCGAACUCGAACUCGAAGGAGGAACGGCAAAAUGUUUUGCAGCACUGAUCGUCAAAUCAAAAUGGCACGAGUAUUACAAAAACAGGUGCACGGAAGUGAUCAGCUUCCGCUUUCUAAAAUUUUGGACAGGAGCUUUGCAAGUCCUCUCUGGCCCCAGCUACUGUACACUGGAGUAAGUGCUUGGAAUUCCUUU